GCUGAUGCCAAUGUUAUCCAUCCACCGUAAAGGAAGACGCCUGGUUUGAAACCCUCCCGAUUACGGACACACCUCGCCCGGCGCUUGAAGGAUCAAAUGGAUAAUGCUUUAUCUAAAAACAGAGGAUUAUCAGUUUUUCUUUCGACAUUUUUCAUCUAAUCCGAGCUAAAUACGAAGCACAGGUGGACGUCUCGAUUCUGGACCGCUGGCCUGGGGAAUCUUGAGGAAAAACACCGAGAGGAAAAAGCAACAAAAAUCUGUCCGUUUACCAAUGUGGUCGGGACAAGUACAAACUAUUAUGUGUUGCCUGUCAAGGGGACAAAUGUUUGCCGAGAACGUACGUGGUUUUAUUUCCAGAUAAAUCAGUGUUUUCCUGCACUCCGCUUUCCACAGAAGGAUGCUGCUGCCGCUGUUAGCCUGGUUUAGCUUAGCCAGCUAGCCGCCAGCGUUAGCGCUCAAAUCCCUAAACUGAUUUACAGACUUACACAGUCUGUCGCCUACAGAGCCGGCUAAUGACCCUCAUAAAUACAGCCAAUUAUCCUCGGGCUCCUUCACAUGAGAUAUAUACUGUCAAAGCUUUUGGGAGACGUGGUUUUAACGGUUAUUCAGGGUACCAGAUCUGAGGACAGGUUAGCUAACGUUAGCUAACGUGACUAAGGUGGGUUAUUGCACAGUAAUAAUACUUAAUAUAUUUAAACUUCCAGUCUUAAUAUGCCAUUCAAAACUGGUACGUUUCGUUUAUAAUAGAAACCCUGCAACCACGGUUUGGUCUGAUAAUUUUUUCCUGAGUGAAUUCAGUGUGUGGAGUGGCAGUCACGUUACUGAGGCGUUUGUUUGGCAUAGAUGGUUUAAUUAUCACAGUGACGUAAUUAUUUUCGGGUCGGUGUGAAAGCAUGUAUAUAUUCAUGAAGAUGUUUAUAAGAGUCAUACUGAUGUAGGACACACCCCUGACAUGUUUCCGAAACAAAUGACAUUAAUUUCCAUGACUGGUGUUGACUCUUUCUUUCCCUUACUGAACAGAGAAGUCAGUGUUUGCAUACAGUCUGUUAACCACAGUUAACACAGAAUCUUCUUUCACCCUGUUUUGUGGUUAUAAUGUUCUAAAAAUGUUCCUUUAUUUUUCAUUUUUUUGUAAUGAUAACGUUUUCGACUUGUUAUAUUAGGUUUAGCUGUAAAAUAGGUAACCCUGUUACUUUGUUGUCUAAUCCUAUUUUAUGAUUUUGGGAUUGUGUUGUGGAUCAGGUCGCUUUAAAAAGGCUAAAGUGGAAAGGAUUAGAUGUGUGUUUGCACACUGGAUGAGGAAGCGUUGCCAAAAAAAGGCCCCUACUGUUCGGCGGCGCAGCUUUGCACGUCAUUUAAAUGAACUCACACUCCAACUGUAGUGAAACAAACAUUGUCACUCUCAUGGAGUGAGACAGUUUUAGUCUUGUAUGCAAGGUACGCAUGGAUCUCAGCGAUAAUAUUCCGGCUGGCGGACUAGCUGUAAGAGGAAGCAAAUUGACUUUGAAUUCCAAACAUUAUUGUUCAAUGGAAAUUUAAAAAAGGAGAUAUCUGUGGAGAAUUUCAACAUCAGGGGAGAGGAACAGGGCUCCUAAAUGGAGCAGGUUCUCUCCAGCCCGCGAGGUCAUUCCGACUGGGAAUCAGACCAAAAUUCUCUUGGAUUUUUGCUCCUGGAUAUGGAUAGUGAUGUAGUUACUGGCAGCCCUAAAAAUGCAGAGAGACAUCAGAGGGGAGAACCUGGCAUUGUCUCUUUAAGCUUUGAUGAGAUUUUCCAGGAGAAUGGCUUCAAUUUAGAUGAGCUUUUUCGGGCAUCCCGGUAUUCCGGAUUAGAGCAGACCUAUCCCUGGGAACGGAGUUCGGAAUGUGUUUCUCCAGAAUGGGAUAAACAGCCUCCUCAGCCCCAGGAACUAGCUGUUGAGGGUUGCUGUGAUGCAUCUGGAGAUGUGGACACUGGAGAUCUCAUCAGUUUCAGUUCCUCUGCCCCCAGCCCUACGCACACUAGCACAUCUAUGCAGGCAACAAGGCAGGGCUCACCUACCCAGGGUAUGGACCUCCUGCAGUCCAUUUCAGUGGCUGACACAGGUUGCCCUUUAGAUUUAUUUAUAGGGCAACUUCCUUUAGAGCCUUUGCUGGAUAAGACACUUUCUCAGUCCAUUCCCCUUCCGCGGACUACAGUAGUUGAGAACCAUCUGGGCUCACCUUCCCAGAUGAGUGAUCUGGAGCAGGAUCUCUCUCAGAGCACACCUGAGCAGGUAAGAGACCCCCUGGGUGUCGACUUUACAGAUGUGCUGGAUCUGGCUGAGGCUUUCUCUGUGAUGGAAGGCUCAGGUAGGACUACGUCUUGGAAACCUGAGCUUUCACCGUUAUGUCUGGCUCCCUUGCCCUUCAUUUGCCCCUCCUCUUCCUCGCCUCCCUGUUUUUACCCCGACCUCCCAGAUAGACCUGCUUCCCCAACAUUGUGUCUAGGAUCACAUGUCCAGCAAUGUAACGGGAGCUGUGCCCUCCCCCUGGCGCCUGAUGCAGAGCAUGCAGGGAUGUCCCCAGAACAAGAGUCUGAUACACCUUUGGCUAGUAAUAUUAUAACUGACUCCACACAUGAGAUUCAGGCUGAGGCACACUCACCUGUAGAUCUACUCGAGUCAAUUAAUGAAAGAACUACAUCAGAUUCAGUGACCAUUUCUGGGACGCUGCUUGAGUCCAUAUCUCCUGGCCCAACUGCACCUAGUCUAAUCGAGGAAAGCUCACCAGACCUCAGUGCCGAGAGUUCUUAUGAGAAAGAUGAGAUUCUGGAGAUGGAAGAAGAGGUGCAGAAGAAAGACAUCUUACCUGAUGCGGUACCUAAGGACGCUCCAGUACAUGACCUUGAAUCGGUACUCACUUUAGCUGUUCUCUUGGUUUCACCUGAACCUGAGAAAGCAGGUCCAGUGGAGUCCACGUUAACCUCUUGGGACGUAAUACCUGAGAACAGCAGGGAGACUGAGGAUCUCUGUGUGAAUAUGCACAUGCCUGAGACAGACACCACCCUGGAGACUCCAUGCCACUUAGAUGGAGACUCUGACCUUUCCAUAUUGUGUGACACCAUACCUUCAACACCACCUGCUGAUGACAUCCAGAACCCUGAACCAUUUGCCUCUGAGAAAGAGACACCUUCAGAUUUUCCUGAUGCCUCUGAGAUUCAGUCACAUUCUGACUCCUCCACUGCAUUGGAGACAAGAACACUUUCAGUCUCGCCUGUUGUUCACUCUGCACUGGAUAUCUCACCUGAGGCAUUCACGGAGCUAACACCUGAGACUGAAACAAUCUCACCUGACUCUGAAAUCCAACCACACAAAUCACAUUCCAACAUGAAUAACUUUCUUGAGGACACAGGGGACAAACAGACAAUCAACACAUGCUCAGAAGACUUAAUAGAUGAAGUCCCACAGCGUCUCUGUGCAGUGGAUACACACCCUCUCGCUCCUUUUCUGCAUGCUCAGGAGGAGCUUGCUCGGCUGUGUCAGUCAGAUAACACCUCAGUAAACUCCACGACUCAGCAGUGCUGUCAUGACCAAGGUGGCAGUGCAACUGAGAACAACCAGGUACUAAAAAUACAACAAGCAUCUGAGGACCUUUCCAUCAGUGACAAUAACUGUGAGCACACACACACGCAAGAGGCUACACCUGAAUAUGUAUCUCAGACAGAGCCAACUGAGAAUGAAAAUGCUCAGAGCCUCACAGCUGAGAAUCACAUUAUGUUUGAUAAUGACAAUCAGAACACCCUCACACUGGCUGCCUCAGCUGGGGAGAACAGUGUGGAUACAUCCAUAGUGAACUCAACUGUCCUGGAAAACUUGCCUUCAGAUUCAGCGUUACCUGCACCAGGUAGCCUGACAUGUGAAGUUAUGUGUGUACAGGAGGAAGAAGGAGAGGACAGAGAUAAUGAUCAGGAUCAGGUGACCCUUUCCUCUGAGAGUGUUCCCAGCCCUGACUCCAUGCCCCUCUCAAUUGCAGAUUGUCAGCUGACCCAGGUGGGUGUGGUUGUGGAGCAGGGGAGGGGAGGGGCCACAUUAGACUCAGCUGAUGUGAGGGCAGAGGGGGAAACUGAUCUACCUGUCCAGUGCACACAGGUAGACUUGCCUCAGGUAUCAUACACACUGCCAAACCCAUCUCAGAUAGCAGAGCCACAGGUAGACUCUCCCCUGCCGCUCAGACAGGAGUCUCCCAGCGGAGUCUGCCCGCCAGAGGAAACAUGCACGCCUCUGAUGGAGGAGAAUAUCGAUGUUCCUGACGUUCCCAGUCAUGCUGAAAUGGCUUUGGACUUGUGUGUGAGCUCAGAUGCGCCCCAGGAUGGUAGUGUUGCUGACAGCGCAGUUCCUACAGCGACCCCUCAAGAUGAGGAUGAUUCUGCGUUGCGGGCUGUUUUUCAAGCUCUCGAUCAGGAUGGAGAUGGAUUCGUUCGCAUCGAGGAGUUUAUGGAGUUCGCCACAGCAUAUGGAGCAGAACAGGUAAAGGAUCUGACGCGGUUUCUGGACCCAAGCGGCCUGGGUGUCAUCAGCUUUGAGGAUUUCCACAGAGGCAUCACUGCCAUCAGCAACGGAGGUUCUGAUCCAGAUCUCUACAGGUUGCAGCUCAGUUCAGCAGAUGCCAAUGGAGCAGCAGAGGAAUAUGAUGAGCAGGCGGAGGUGUCGGACAGUGCAUAUCUGGGCUCGGAGAGUGCAUACAGUGAGUGUGAGACGUUUACAGACGAGGACACUGGAGCGCUUGUUCAUCCUGAACUACACGAGGACGUGGAGACGGACAGUGGCAUUGAAAACACACUCACGGAGGGCGAGGACAGGAACAGGUUCUCUCUUGGCUCCGAUUUGCAUGGCCAUGCCCUGGUGGCCGUGAUUGGUGGAGAGGAGGAGCACUUUGAAGACUUCGGGGAGAGUGACUCCACCUCUGACCUGCUGCUGGCCAAUCAGGAGGAGGGGAGGGCAGCCCCUGAGGGUGAAGGAGACCCAGAGCCACACCCACACCCGGGGAGCCCAAUGCAUCGCCCACCGAUGCUGCUGUCGCCCAGUUCUGAUCCUUUCCCCACUAGUUUCCAGAGUUUUCUGCAGUCUGAAUCUCUGGAGUUCUUCUGCACUCACUGUCACAAACAGAUCAGCCGUCUUGAGGAUCUGUCCACUCGUCUGCACUUGCUAGAAAUGAAUAGCUCCAGCAAGAGGCUGUCCAGUAAGAAAGCAGCAAGGCAUUUGCUACAGCCUGGUGGUCUGGAUGGCAUGAGUGAUUUGAGCCGUGACAUCCUGGACCUUGCCGACAGUGACAUCACCGAUAAGGUGCUGCUGCUUGAGCGGCGUGUGUGUGAGCUGGAGAAGGACUCUGUGGCGAGUGAGGAGCAGCAUGCGCGUCUGCGUCAGGAGAAUCUCACACUGGUGCACCGUGCAAAUGCCCUGGAGGAGCAGCUCAAAGAGCAGGAGCUCCAUGCUGAAGAGAACCUGCAGACCCUUGCCCGCAGACAUCGAGACACGCUCAAUAAACUGCAGCGAGAAAGAGACCUGGAGAUCGAGAACCUGCAGGCCAGGCUGCAUCAGUUGGAUGAAGAGAACAGUGAAUUGAGGUCAUGUGUUCCCUGCCUAAGGGCUAAUAUCGAAAGACUGGAAGAGGAGAAGAGGAAGCUACAGGACGAAGUGGAGGAUGUGACUGACAGGUUGAAUGAAGAAACUGAGUCUCGCAGGAAAAUGUCUGACAAGCUAAGUCAUGAGCGCCACGGCAACCAGAAAGAAAAAGAAAGCACACAGGAGCUGAUUGAGGACUUACGGAAGCAGCUGGAGCACCUACAGCUCUUUAAGUUGGAGACGGAGGCUCGACGUGGACGCUUACCUGGCGCUGGCCUUCAGGAGUACAACACACACAUGAGAGAGAACGAGCUGGAGCAGGAGAUACGCAGACUCAAACAGGAUAACCGCACUCUGAAGGAACAGAAUGAUGAGUUGAAUGGACAGAUUAUUAAUCUCAGUAUUCAGGGAGCUAAAAGCCUCUUCACCGAGUCCCUGUCUGAGUCUCUGGCAUCUGAAAUCAACAAUGUCUCUCGUGUAGAGCUAAUGGAGGCCAUCCAGAAGCAGGAGGAGAUUAACUACCGCUUACAGGACUACAUCGACCGCAUCAUCGUGGCCAUCAUGGAGUCCAACCCUUCUAUUCUAGAGGUCAAGUAAUCACCAUGACAACAGCCCCCCUGGGGCAGUCUGUGCUGGAUGGACGCUGGACUGGAUCUGGCGGCCACACUGGACCCAACACACACCUCCUAGGAAGUGGAUUUCUAUUUCUGCUUCACAGCUGCUUUUCCGCUCUCUGCUACAAGACAAGAUUCAGCGCUUCUGUUCUGGCACCAUUAAUGCGUCUCCAAGGAAUAAAGUACUAUUCUGUGAAGGAAGAGUUGUGAGUGUGCAGGCGAGGAUGAUUUGCAUGGCUGUUGGUUCCUGUGAAUCCCCUGUGUUGUGGGAUUGAGGGGCCCAGUCCCUCUGUGUGUGUGAAUGGGUUUGAAUGUGCAUGUGUGUGUGGCAGGUCCUCAUUAAAACAUGUAGGCAACAUGCGCUCACACAUAUUUACCACUACAUUUUACUUUAGGGCAGUGUAAAUAAGUCUACAUAAGCCUUUCGUGACAACUGAUAUAUACCUACCAUUUGUCAUGAGGGUUGCAGUUGCCAACUUUAAUGUCAUGUUGACAUAACAUCUAUAUCAGGUGCUAAUAUUUUCUGACAUAAGGUUGUCGUGACACUUUCUGGGGUAAAAUGACAGACUUUGUAGCUCAGUACGUGUGACGGUGACACAAUGUCGAUUGCGACAUCAGGCUGGUUGAACAAAGGUAAGCAUUUUCUGUGGCCAUUACAUGAAGUUAAUUAAGUUUUUAGAUUUUAUAAGAUUUAAGGUAUGUCACAUCAUCAGCAUCAUGUCAUGGCAUGAGCGGAUUCAGAUGUGUGACCACAUUGGCACCGGCCCCAGUGAAAAUCUGAAAACAUUUACUCGCCACCUAUAUUUUUAGUGAAAUUCGCUGCUCUGAAGAGUUUUUACGUUUUGAUCCCUGCUGUCGACAAGGGGACUUCUGAAGGAGAAUCAUUUUCCCCAGCAGCAGAUCAUGGCUGUUUAUAUACACAUGAAAAAGUUUCAAAAGUAGUUUCAUUUUUGUAUGGGAUUUCUUGAUGGUCCAACUGUGUUAAAUAUAUGUUUGUUAUCAUUGCUUGCGGUUGAGACUAGCAGUUACCAAUUUGUUUUUGUCUAGUAUUGAAGUAGAACAUGUUGAUUUCUGUGAAUUGGCCACAGAGAACUAAACAACAAAUUAAGUAAGUGAUAAUCAUUUGGGUCCAAGCACUUUAUGCAGUCACUAUAGACCUGUAGGCAGAUGGAACACAAAUGAUGGGCAUAGUUUUUAUAACGGCCUCUAUUUACAAUAAUUGUUGAUGAAAAGUCAAAAGCAGAUGUCUGCCGAAAUUUCAUACGCACUGGCCUUUUGACCUUAGCAUGGUAAGCAAUCGGUUUUGAACAAAUAAGACUCAUAUUGGCAUAGUUGUUGAACUCUGUGAAUCAAAUAAUUCUAUAGCAAUUACUUCUCUCAUUGUAUUUUAUUCCCAGAGUGCACCAUUUUCAUUUUAAAAUCACUGACAUUUUCCCUGGUGGACCAACCCUCCUAACCCUCCUACAAGAACUUGUCACCUUUUCACUGCUUGCAAGUUUGCCAGUCUAAAUAUAGUAAGUUUGAAAUGAUUAGCCUUGUGAUUAGAUGUUUUUCCAUGUCUGCUACUGAUUGUAAAACACACAAUAAUAAACAGAAUGAGCCAUGCGAGUAGUGUGGUUGGUGCUUAGUAUAGAUAUUGGCAGAUCAUCAUGGAGCUCUUUGAACUUGAAGGCAUUUAUUUUGGCCCCCUGAACAGAAGCUGUGACCUCAAUAUGGACCCGCCUAAAAAUAAUCCCUGAAUCGCCUCUGUCAUUGUGAUUUACAGUGUGCUAUCCUAAUGUCACAAAAAGAAUCAGUCACCUGACAUAGAUGUUUCAUAAAUUUGACAUCAAAGUUGACAAAUACACUACACACAUGUACAAAUGCUACGAAGUCAGUUGUCAUGUAAUGCUGUCACUUCACAAGUCAUCUUUGUGUUAUGUCAACGAGACAAAAACAGCCUUUAUGACAGAAGACGCUUAUUAGAAUAAGCCUUUAAAAAUGUCCUUAUGAGCUUAUGUAGGUGUCAUGUAGCCUUAUGAACACUGCCCUUCUGUGAAGUGUUAUGAGAACAUAAUACUUUCUAUACACACGUUUUUCACACAUAUACAUAUAAAGCUGUUAUUUUACAGUGUCAUGUUUUGGCUAUGAGUUGAAUCCCGGUAUAGCUCCAUGAGUACACCCGUGUGAGGGACACUGUGUGACCUGAGGGUGUGUGACUGUACGUGUGCGUAUAUGUGUCUUCACAUAUUGUUGAUGUCAUUACAAAAUGAUCUCUGUUGUUGUUUGCUGACAUUGUUAAGCAGCUUUAAAGAAUGUCCUGUGUGUUCAUGAUUGUUGUUUAGUUGUAGAUUUCUGUUUUAUCUCAUCUCGUUUAUUUAUUACGAUGAAGCAGAAUGUGAGGGCUCGAAACACACCACAGAUCACCUGAAUCCUCCUCCCUGAAAACAGCUGCUUGUAACCAACAGAAGAGCAGCUAGUUGUAUGCUGACUGGGCACAUGGUGGUGCAUUGUGGGAAGUGUAGUUCUGUGCCCUCACGCAGAUCUCCUGCUGAGUGAGAGAAGCUUGAUGCGAAGGAGUGCCUCCUGUGGCCUGGAUUAGAGCAAGAGACUUUCUUUUCCUGUACA